AUGAAGCUAUUUGUGACAGGAGCAACAGGCUACAUUGGUGGAGACGCGUUACACCUCAUCGCCAAAGCUCACCCCGAGUAUGAAAUCACAGCCCUUGUUCGAAACACAGAUAAAGGCGCACAAGUCGCAGCAGAAUACCCCAAAGUGAAGCUAGUCUAUGGUGACUUGGACUCCUCCGAUCUUCUUGAAGAAGAAUCAAAGAAGGCAGAUGUUGUAUGCCGUACGUCAUUGUUGAUAUCUCGUAGGCACACCCACCAAGUACUGACACAUGAUCAGACUNGGGCAGACGCGGACCAUGAAGUAUCUGCUAAAGCUAUCAUCAAAGGUCUGUCGGCCAGACAGUCCGAAGUACCCGGAUUCCUUAUCCAUACUUCCGGCACUGGUAUUCUCAUGUAUACAGACCUCGACCAGAAAAUGUUCGGCGAAGAAGCCACUAAGAUUCACGAUGACUGGGACAACAUUCAAGAAGUGAUCACGGGCAUCCCAGACCAUGCGCCCCACAGGAAUGUUGACAAGAUCGUCCAGUCAGUUCGUGAUGGACACACCGUCAAGAGUGCCAUCGUUUGUCCUCCUUGCAUCUACGGAGCUGGAAGGGGUCCGGGCAACCAGACCAGCGUCCAAGUACCUGCACUUGCUCGCUAUACCUUACAACAAGGCCAUGGAAUCCAAGUAGGCGCUGGCAAAACCCUCUGGACCCAAAUCCACGUUCACGAUCUGUCAAACCUCUAUCUCAAGCUUGUGGAGGCAGCUGCGAAUGGUGGUGGACCUGCUACCUGGAAUGACGAGGGCUACUACUUCUGUGAAGCAGGCGAUCUCGUCUGGGGAGAUGUAGCACGUCAGGUGGCCAAGUCUGCUCACAAGCAAGGCUUCUUGAAAGAUGAUGAGGUCAAGGAAUACUCACCUGAUGAGGUCAAGAAAUUUGUGUCCUAUGGACCUGCGUUGUGGGGAUGCAACUCUAGAUGUCGAGCUAUCAGAGCCGGGAAAUUGCUGGGCUGGAAGGCGUCCUCUCCCAGCCUGAACGAGGAAAUUGAUGCCACGGUCUUGGUCGAAGCAAAGAAACAGGACUUGGUCGUUGGCCAUGCCAAGGUUGCUGCUGGAGAGGCAUAA